GCAAAUUACUGUUUGUUGAUGGUUCACAGUGAGUUCGCACAAUUUAUGUCUUGUAUUCUAUGCAUUCAAUAGAUACUCCUGUGAGGCACCAAUGUGACGCAUAAUUUCAUAAUUUUAUGGCUUUACGGAAAGUACAUAAUUGAAUAGACAAAUGAAUACAAUACAAUGGGGAUAAAGGAAAAAAUUAAUUACGCUUAUUUAGUUGCAUUUUGUGGAAAUCUUCUGGCUCUAACCGGCGAUACAACUUUAACAUGGUCUUCGCCAAUUUUACCGAAACUUGAUUCAAACGAUACGAAUAUAAAUCCAUUGGGAAGGAAGAUAACAUCGGAUGAAAUAUCAUGGAUAGGGUCAUUGCAGUAUAUAGGCGCAAUGGUGGGAAUUCUGCCCUUCGCCGUUUUAGCUGAUGUAUUAGGAAGAAAACCUGUACUGCUGUUAUUGGCCGUACCUCACACUAUAUCGUUUCUUUCUUUUGCUUUUGCAAAAAGCAUCGGUUGGUAUUAUGUGGGUCGCUUCUUGGGGGGAGUUUCCUUGUCUUCGGUGUACAUCAUAUUGCCGAUGUACGUUGCUGAAAUUGCUGAAGAUUCCUAUAGGGGAAUGUUACUAAUGUCCUACAGCACCUUUGCUAGUUUCGGUGACUUAAUUCCUUACAUAUUAGGCCCGUACGUUUCCGUUCUAUGGUUUAAUAUCAUUUUGGCUGUUUUUCCCAUAUCGUUCUUGGUUAUAUUUUUAAUAAUAGCCCCUGAAAGUCCAUAUUACUACGUUAACAAAGAAGAUGAUAAGGCGGAAAAGAUUCUUAAAAAGCUAAGAAAAACGAAAAGUAAGUACACAGCUACGAAUGAAAUUGAAGAAAUUAAACGAGAGAAGGCUAGAAAUGUUCAGGGUGACAUUUUUAAUACUUUAAAGAAAAAGUACGUCAUUAAAGGGUUUUUGGUGGCUCUUGGUUUGAGUAGUUUUCAACAACUUUCUGGUCUGGGUGCUAUUCUAGCAUAUACAGAAAUAAUUUUUGGUUUUGCCGGCACUAACUUGUCAAACGAAGUUUCGGCUAUGAUUGUCGGUGUUGUUCUGUUCUUAGCAAGUUUCGCAGGACCACUGAUCGUGGAUAGAAAAGGUCGUAAGUUCCUUUUGACGGUAUCUGCAUUGGGAUGUAUAAUCUCAGAAGUAAUUUUAGGGGCCUACUUCUACUUACACGAACGCUCCGAUGUUUCCUUAAAAAAUUGGUCUUGGGUACCAAUCGCAUGUCUCAUAGUUUACGUCGUAACUUUUAACAUAGGUUUUGGUCCAUUACCGUUUACGAUAACCUCUGAGGUACUACCAUCUAACGUAAAAUUUUAUUUAGCUACCGUGACCGGUUUCACGGGAUGGUUAAUGUCUUUUUUGGUUACAAAGUUCUUUAACGAUCUCAAUUUAGCGCUUGGAAUAGGUGGUACUUUUUGGUUGUUCGCUUGCUUUUGUAUUGCUGCCUUAGUUUUCGUCAUUUUCUUUGUACCUGAGACUAAGGGUAAAAGUUUUCAAGAAAUUCAAAUUUUUUUGGAUAGGUGAUAUUAGUUGCUAGAAAAACAGUACUUAUACUUUUUUAUUAAUGUUUUAUAUUCAAAUUUUAAUAAAGCUGUUGUACCUGGA